ACCUGCCCUGGUGACGAGGCCAGACCCCCUGCCCCGUCGGCGCACAGAUCCCCGGAGGUGGACCACGGUUGGACGGGAGGGAAAGGCUGGAACACAGCCGGUGCUACAGUCCCUUCCCAUCCCGUCCAACCCUGUGUGGUUCAGCAGUCCUAUGUUGGAUGCCAUGGAGGAGUUCGCUCCUUCCUCUGACUCCGACUGCACUGCUGUCCCACCACCUGGCCAGGCUUCUCCUGGGAGGUGUCGUCGGAGACCUGUGGCCGUCAAGCGCGCCGGACGGAGGGAGUUCACUCCUUCCUCUGAGUCCGACUGCAUUGCUGUCCCACCACCUGGCCAGGCUUCUCCUGGGAUGCGUCGUCGGAGACCUGUGGCCGUCAGGCGCGCCGGACGGAGGGAGCAGGUUGGUGUCACCGUUUUUCCCUUACAUUUUCAGUUGCCUGCGGUCUGUGGGGAGCCAACGGUCAUCAGGGAGGAGCCUGCUGUCCAGGAGGAAACCCAGGUGCCGCUGCAGGUCUCCACAGAUAAGGUUGCUUCUUUUCCUCUACCUAGUGAUAGUGGUACUGUUAGUGUUAGUGAACCUCAGUCCGUCUGUGGUCGUGUGGCAAUGGUCGCGAGGGAUUGUCGGGGAAUUAGGUUAACUAAGGUUGUGCGCGGAUCUUUUCACCAGGGGGAGAGCAGGUUUAGUUACGGAGGGAUGCAGUGCAUGGCCAUUGCUGCAAGUAGUAUAGCUAAGCAUGUGGUGAAAAGCGUGUUUUCGUGGGAGACACAGGAGCUCGAUCGCAUUCUGUAUUCCGGCGAUGACUUUUACAGUCGUUUGCGUAACCUGGGUAUUUUUAGCCAUCCGUCGCAUUUUUUGUCCGUGCCGGAUCUACCUAGUAAUGUACUUAUUGACGAGCAGUUGUUUAGUUUUCAUUUUAGUCAACACCCAGCAUCUGGUGCUCUGGGUGUUGAGCAGGAAAACGGUCCUUUUGUGACUCUGCGUAAUGGAUUAGAGGGAAUUUUCAGUCAGUACAGCAUGUGUCUGCUGACACUGGUAACGUCUACAUCUGCCAUCAUCUGUGAGGAUGGACAGUUCGCUGUGGUCGACAGUCACUCACGUAGUAGCUGUGGCCUGGUCGAUCACAACGGUACCAGUGUAAUACUGCACUUCUCCUGUUUAGAUGACCUGCAUCACUACAUCUGUUGUUUAGCUGACGCUCUCAGUCCAGGGCUGAAGCCUUUUGAGCUGUGUGGCGUUAGGGUUAGUGUAGGUGCAAGUCCAGCAUUGUCUGGAGCUUCUGUAGAGAGUUGCAUCUUUGAGAUGAACACUACUGCAGCACCUGAGCUUACUGACAUCAAAGAUGUUUGUGCCACCACCUCCUUGUUUGAGAGUGAUGCUGGUCCAGCUGUGAGCCACGCACAAUCCGGUGUUUCUGUGGAGAGUGGCUUCAUAGAGAUGAGCACUGCUUCGGCACCAGGAUUUAGUGACCUUGCAAAAAAUUCUGCAGCCCCAUCUGUGUGUCACAGUGGGAAUGGUGUUGAAGCGAGCCCAGCACUGUCUGGCGCUUCGGUUCUCACUUUUUUAAGUGAAGUUAGCAGUGGCUCAACAGCAGAAUUUGUUGCCUCUGAUGGCAAAAAGCGUAAGAUUUUUUCCCGUGAACGCAUGUCUAAACAAUCCAAGCGUUUUGACAGCAAUAUAGACAACUCUGAUGUAGUGUUUAUCACUGCAUCAGAGAGUGGGAAACUGUUUUUCCGUCCCCUCGGUGAAGACGUUUGUAGGGCUUUGUGUAGUCAAUUAAAAGUACAUUUUGUGAAAGUCGGUGGUCUGGUGCAUAGAGAGGUGGGCUACUUAGGUGUUCCCUGCCUUAGCGAGAAAAUAGUUCCGGAUGGGAACUGCUUUUUCAGAGCUGUUUCUCAGGCUGUCAGUGGUUCACAAAAGAACCAUCGUAAGAUUAGACUGGCAGCCUGUCGAGAGCUAGAAAAGAAUGAGGCUAGGUAUCGGGGUCUUUUGAGGAGCGAGAUGUCUCUUUUACAGUACAUCAAGCAGUCCAGGAUGAAGUGUGUCAACACUUGGGCCACAGAGGUUGAAAUCCAGGCCACUGCAGAUUAUUUAGGCAUUGACAUUUUUACUUUUCAUGAUGGUCGUUGGCUAAAGUAUCGUUGCAGCAGUAAGUGUUUGUCAGCGGACUGCAUUUACUUGGAAAAUGUCGGGGGCCAGCAUUUUGAGUACGUUGUUUGUGUUUUAAAGCCUGGACUGCACAGUUGUCAUGGUUAUUGUAAAUUAGGCUGGGAUAUAGGCUGUAGCACUAGGUCUUCAGUGAAAGAUGGAGCGGAGCACCCAUACCAGGAGUCGACCCCGGGCCGCCUGGGUGAUGUCCAGGAGGAAGCCCAGGUGCCGCUGCAGGUCUUCAUAGAUAAGGUUGCUUUUUUUCCUCCCCCUAGUGGUAGUGUUAGUGAACCUCAGUCCGUCUGUGGUCGUGUGGCAAUGGGCGCGAGGGAUUGUCGGGGAAUUAGGUUAAGUAAGGUUGUGCGCGGAUCUUUUCACCAGGGGGAUAGCAGGUUUAGUUACGGAGGGAUGCAGUGCAUGGCCAUUGCUGCAAGUAGUAUAGCUAAGCAUGUGGUGAAAAGCGUGUUUUCGUGGGAGAGACAAGAGCUCGAUCGCAUUCUGUAUUCCGGCGAUGAAUUUUACAGUAGUUUGCGCAACCUGGGGAUUUUUAGCCAUCCGUCCCAUUUUUUGUCCGUGCCGGAUCUACCUACUAAUGUAGUUAUUGACGAGCAGUUGUUUAGUUUUCAUUUUAGUCAACACCCAGCAUCUGGUGCUGUGGGUGUUGAGCAGGAAAACGGUCCCUUUGUGACUCUGCGUAAUGGAUUAGAGGGAAUUUUCAGUCAGUACAGCAUGUGUCUGCUGACACUGGUCACGUCUACAUCUGCCAUCAUCUGUGAGGAUGGACAGUUCGCUGUGGUCGACAGUCACUCACGUAGUAGCUGUGGCCUGGUCGAUCACAACGGUACCAGUGUAAUACUGCACUUCUCCUGUUUAGAUGACCUGCAUCACUACAUUUGUUGUUUGGCUGACGCUCUCAGUCGAGGGCCCAAGCCUUUUGAGCUGUGUGGCGUUAGGGUUAGUGUAGCUGCAAGUCCAGCGUUGUCUGGAGCUUCUGUAGAGAGUUGCAUCUUUGAGAUGAACACUGCUGCAGCACCUAAGCUUAGUGACAUCAAUGUUUGUGCAACCACCUCAUUGUUUGAGAGUGAUGCAGGUCCUGCUGUGAGCCACGCACAAUCCGGUGUUCCUGUGGAGAGUGGCUUCAUAGAGAUGAGCACUGCUCCGGCACCAGGAUUUAGUAACCUUGACAAAGAUUUUGCAGCCCCAUCUGUGUGUCAGACUGGGGCUGGUGUUGAAGCGAGCCCAGCACUCUCUGGCGCUUCUGUUCUCACUUUAAGUGAAGUUAGCAGUGGCUCAACAGCAGCAUUUGUUGCCACUGAUGGCAAAAAGCGUUUGUUUUUUUCUGGUGAACGCAUGUCAAAACAAUCCAAACGUUUUGAUAGCGUUCUAGUCAACUCUGAUGUAGUGUUUGUCUCUGCAUCUGAGAGUGACAAACUGUUUUUCCGUCCCCUUGGUGAUGACGUUUGUAGGGCUUUGUGUAGUCAAUUAAAAGUAGAUUUUAUGAAAGUCGGUGGUCUGGUGCAUAGAGAGGUGUGCUACUUAGGUGUUCCCUGCCUUAGCGAGAAAAUAGUUCCGGAUGGGAACUGCUUUUUCAGAGCUGUUUCUCAGGCUGUCAGUGGUUCACAGAAGAACCAUCGUAAGAUUAGACUGGCAGCCUGUAGAGAGUUAGAAAAUAAUGAGGCUAAGUAUCGGGGUCUUUUGAGGAGCGAGAUGUCUCUUUUAGAGUACAUCAAGCAGUCCAGGAUGAAGUGUGUCAAGACUUGGGCCACAGAGGUUGAAAUCCAGGCCACUGCGAAUUAUUUAGGCAUUGACAUUUUUUCUUUUCAUGAUGGUCGUUGGCUAAAGUAUCGUUGCAGCAGUAAGUGUUUGUCAGCGGACUGCAUUUACUUGGAGAAUGUCGGGGGCCAGCAUUUUGAGUCUGUUGUUUGUGUUUUAAAGCCUGGACUGCAAAGUUGUCAUGGUUAUUGUAAGUUAGGCAGGGAUAUAGGCCGUAGCACUAGGUCUUCACUUAAAAAUGGAGCGGGGCUGGCAGUAGAUGGGAUAGAUUGUAAAGGUAAAGAUUUUAUAGAGGUUGUAGAGGGUAGUACAAUAAGUAGGGAUUCUAGUGCGACAAAGUAUUUAAAGCGUAAGAAAAGACUGCAGGAUACAUUUAAUUUUAACCGUCGCGAGAGACGUGCCCUGCUUUAUAGGAAAAUGUAUAGUGACGACUUGAAAUUCAGGGAGAGCUAUACAUCACGAAGUGUUGACAAAUACAGAUAUAGCUUUGAGCACAGACAAAGGGUGAAAGCACGCACAGUAGGAAAGUACAGGGAGAAUUUGGGUCACAGGAUCAUGGUUAAAAAACGCAGUGUAGCGAGAUACAGGGCUGACAUUGAACACAGGCAAAGGGUCAAAUACGGGAGUAAAGUGGCGAGUAAAACAAAAUACAUUAAUUUAGAAUACAAGGCCAAAGUUAAAGCACGCAGUGUUGCUAAAUACAGUGACAAUAUUGCCCAUAGAUACUGUGUUAAAGCACGCAGUGUUGCUAAAUACAGUGACAAUAUUGCCCAUAGAUACUGUGUUAAAGCACGCAGUGUUGCUAAAUACAGUGACAAUAUUGCCCAUAGAUACUGUGUUAAAGCACGCAGUAUAGCCAAAUACAGUACAAAUAUUGCGCACAGAGAAAGGGUUAAGUUUGGGAGUAAAGUGGCGAGUAAAAUAAAGUACAUGGACAAUUUAGAACACAGGCAAAGGGUUAAACUAGGCAGCAAAAGGCAGUAUAGUGUUAGUUUAAAACAUAGGCAGCAAGUAAUAGCUAGUGUACAGCUGAGUCGGAAGCAGAGGCUGGAGAGGUCUGUAGAUUUUGGUUUUGUCAUGGAUAGUUUUUUGGAUAAGGUUAGACACGGACCGGAUUUCGUGUGUAGUGUUUGUCAUAGGCUGCAGUUUAAAUAUCAGGUGCUGCGCUGUGAGAGGGAAGUAUAUGCAGCACGUUUAGCAACGGCAGGCAUUGCAAAUAAUUGCAUUAGUGAGCAUUAUCUGCAUAGUUGUGAUGAUAAGUGUGUUGAGCCCUGUCCCAUUGUUGAGUCCAGAGGUCAGUUGUGGAUUUGUUUUACUUGUCAUAGUAAGAUCAGUAAAGGUCAAUUCCCAGCUGAAUGUUGGAACAAUAACUUAGCUGUACACCCCAUUCCUCCAGAACUGGGAUGUCUGAAUAGCUUAGAGCAGCACCUGAUAGCUUUACGCAUCCCUUUUAUGAAGGCGUUGGCGUUGCCUAAGGGUGGUCAGAAUGGUGUACACGGGCCAGUUACUUGUGUUCCGGCCAACAUUGUACAAACCACAAAUGUGUUGCCGCGGUCCAGUACGGAGGGGUCUCUGCUUCAAGUUAAGUUAAAACGGAAAUUAACCUACAAAGGACACUACGAGUAUCAAUUUGUUGACUCGUGGCGUGUCAGGCGUGCUAUAGAGUACUUAAAGAGAACUAAUGUCUUGUAUAAAGACAUUGAGUUCAACGUGGAAUGGUUAAAUGAUUUUUGUAGGGAAGAAGAGGUUGUAGAGGCUGGUCAGGGUAAGCAGGUUGUUGUUGACACACAGUCCAGUGAGGAUGAGGCUGUCGAGCAGGACAUUGGGGUAGAAGAAGAAUCCGAAGACAUAGCACAAGAUGAAAUGUUACAUGACAGACAACAGCACUGCAUGUUUCAGGACACUUGUCUUAUGCCUGUUGAUAUCGGUCAGGAAGCAUUAGAUCAGUAUUUUGCGGAUGUUGUAUGUCUGGCCCCCGCGGAAGGUAAUAGUCCGGUUAGAAUGCUUUCUGACAAAUUAAAUGAGGCGAAGUGUUUCCCUGUGCUGUUUCCGACUAGCACAAAUACAUUCCACACCCGCCGCACGCAUCGCUUAACAUUGUCGCGCUACUUUAAUAAUCGGGUAAUGCACGCCGACGGCCGUUUUGCGCGCAAUGUGGAAUACAUAUUCUUUAGCCAGUAUAUGUCCGAAUUAGACAAAGUGAUAAGUAGUAUUUCGGUCGCCAUGCGUAAAGGUAAGGGGGGUCAGCAUUCUCAGCGGAUUUCCCCGGGCAUGCUCAAAGACGACGAGUCUCUGAAGCGCUUGCUACAGUUCGAUGACGGUUUUCGUUUCCUUCGGCCCAUUCGCGGGACGCCAGCUUUUUGGUCUUCCGUUCAGAAAGACCUUUUGGCUUGUGUCCGCCAAUUGGGGAUUCCUACAUGGUUCUGCUCUUUUUCUUCUGCUGAUUUGCGCUGGCAAAAUCUCCUUGCCAGCAUCCUGAGACAGGAAGGCAGACAGCAGACAGUAGAACAGUUAGAGUGGGCCGAUAGGUGCGAGCUGUUGCGUCGCAACCCGGUCACAGCCGCGAGGAUGUUUGACUACAGGUGGCACUGUUUUUUGAAGGAAGUACUCAUGUCCCCGUCUCAACCAGUUGGCAAGAUUGUAGAUUUCUUUUAUCGCAUUGAGUUCCAGCAGCGUGGGUCCCCCCAUGUUCAUGCGCUGUUUUGGAUUGAGGGAGCUCCCCAAAUUUAUAAAAAC